AUGGCAAGUUCAACGACGCAUCUCGAGGAGCAACUCGCACUGACGCACCAUAUCAACAAUUAUGGUUGGUUCGCCGACACCUUUGCCUGGGACGAUAUCGCAACUUGCUUCACCGAAGACUGCACAUUUGACUUCAAAGUCGCGCCAGAUCUUGAAGGCCAAGCCCCAAUGAACCUCAACACUGGCACCGUAAAAGGGCGAUCCAACACCGCCAAAGCUCUUGCAUUCAUCACCGAGAGGUUCAAACGCACACAACACAACAUUGUCAACAUGGAUUUCCAACUUGAUUCUACCAACACGGCCGCAGCGACCGGCAGAGCAAACAUCUUCUGGGGCGGGGUCAUGGAGCAGAAUGGCUCCCACGUCGCAGUGCAGACUGGCUCCAGAUACACAUGGAAGUUUAAAAAGAGUGCAGUCAAGAAUCGGUGGGAGACGGACUACACGCAGGUAGAGAUCGUUUGGGUGUCGUCUUCCCCUGUUGAAGGGUUCAAACUUGUAAAUAUGCUCUGA